UUUACGAACUCUAAUUUCACAGGAACUUUUGUUUUAGAACAAAUGCAAAAUAACCAUACAUUUAAAUUUGACCUUACCAUUAUAUCUUGCUCGACAAGCAUGCUGUCAAAGCGUGAUAAAGGCGUACAGAAACGGAUAAACCAGAGGACAAAUGCGUAUUUGCAACUGUAUCUGUGGUUUCGGAGAUGUUGUCUCAGCAUUAUGUGGCGCAAUUGGGACAAAUGUUUGCCAUUGUACAGAUGGAUUAUGCGCUGGGUUGUCAUUAAUAGGACAGUUUUGUAACAUACUUUGCUCCUUUAAGUCUUUACUGCAACUAUUUCUCCCACUUUGUUCAAUGAGCAUCGCAAUAUCCAGCAUUGUUUUGCCUUACUGGGCCUGGGGUGAAACAGACAAAGUAGAUGUUGGUUUGUUCAAAUGCUGCAAAACAACCAAAGAGAGCGAAAAUGACUGUUCGUCAUUGUAUGACUGUGUUCCAUCAGAUUCGAAAUUUAAUUCGCUUAGCCAGGCAGCUGCCGGGCUUUUGAUAACAUAUAUUGUUUUAAACGGUUUAAGUAUCUUACUUGCAACAAUAAGCUAUUCAGAUGAGCCGGAUGUCAGUCAAUUUUGCAAUGGAACACAUGUUUUUCCUGCGGCUGCCAUUGGCUACAUCGGCAUUAUCGUAUUUUUAUCCGGUGUUAUACAAUCCGAAAGCUACACCAGAUUCCCGAUCCGCCUCUCAGUUCAUCUGGCGAUAAUAUCAUGCGCUGUUUACCUCUCUUAUGCAGCCGUUUGUUUUAAAGAGCCUAAGGUGCUUAUAGGUGUACCCAUUUUGACUGCUGUGAUCUAUUUUGUGAUAAAUAUGAUGUCAGAAAUUUCAUGGAUUUUUUCUAGCGGUGUGUUUAUACUAGUUAUCCUUGGCAUUAUCGUAUGUUUCGUGAAAUAUAAAAACUAGUUAAAUAGAUAGAAGUUGGAUGAAUUUUCAAGGAAACUGGAACGAGAGAAGAUGUUAAUGAAUUAACAACUGAAUCAACUUACAUUCAUUGCAUACUAUAAUUAUUUAAGAACAAACUUCUAUUCAUAAAACUCAUUUGCAAAAGCAUUUAGAGUCAUUAUCGCAGGUAAACUUAUGCAGGCAUAUCAAAAUCAGGGGUACACGUAUUUCGAAUCUGCAACGGUCUAAGUGAGGUUUUGGAGUCUGAUAUGCAAGAUGGC